GGACUUACAACCAUUAGGGCUUUCCAUGCAGAAAGUAAAUUUAAAUCUAUGUUUAAUAACUAUCUGGAUAAGCAUACUGCAGCAUGGUUUUUCUUCGUGGGUUUAAGUCGAUGGAUGACCUUAUACGGUCAAAUUGUUUGUUUUAUAAAUCUAAUUAUCACUGUUAUUAUUUUCCAUAUUUCAAUUAAUGCAGAUGAUGCAGGAAGCCAAAUUGGACUUAUUAUCAAUUAUGGUUUAAUACUGAUUCUUCAUUUUCAAAACCUCGUUAGAUUCGUAUCUGAUGUGGAAUUUCAGAUGAACUCUGUUAAACGCAUACUGAACUAUAGCAAGUUAAAAUCGGAAGCCUCGUACGAAAGUUUGCCUAAUAAACGACCACCCUCAGACUGGCCACAAAGAGGAGAAAUUCAUUUCGAUAAUGUUUCUUUACAAUACUCCAAGGAUAAAAAUAUUGUUUUAAAAAACAUAACAUUUCGUGUUCGCUCGGGAGAAAAGAUAGGAAUUGUUGGGAGAACAGGAGCAGGAAAGAGUUCAUUAAUUGCUUCGUUAUUUCGCAUGACGGAGCCAACGGGAACAAUAACCAUCGAUGGAGUUGACACUAAGGAAAUCGGUCUUCGUGAUCUACGUAGUAAAAUAUCUAUUAUUCCUCAAGAUCCGAUGUUAUUUACCGGUCCUCUUCGAAGAAAUAUCGAUCCAUUCAAUGAAUAUUCAGAAGAAAUGCUGUGGCAAGCCAUAGAACAGGUACAAUUAAAAGAAGUUAUCAAUAAAUUGCCCGGAGGAUUGGAUACACAUUUAUCAGAAGGAGGGCGAAAUUUCAGCGUGGGAGAAAGACAGUUAAUUUGUCUCGCCAGAACGAUUCUUCGUAAGAAUAAAAUUCUUGUCAUGGACGAAGCAACGUCCAAUAUCGAUAAAAGUACCGAUUCCCGUAUACAAAAAAUAAUUCGAGAGAAAUUCAAAUCAUGUACAGUGCUGACCAUUGCCCAUAGAUUAAAUACAGUCAUCGAUUCUGAUAGAGUUUUGGUUCUAGACACAGGGAAACUACAAGAAUUCGACUCGCCCUAUGCAUUACUGAAGAACGUAAAUGGUACAUUUUAUAAUUUGGUAAAGAACACGGGAGUAGCUUCAAUGAAUGAGUUAUACAAAAUUGCCAAAAAUAGAUAUUAUGUUAAAGAAAGUAUGGAAAGAACAAAAUUAUAAAAAGUAGAUCCUCUUCGAUAUAAAUCAAUCUUUACUAGAUUUGUGUUAAUUUUUUUUUAAUUCUGUUUUUAGAAAUAUUUCUCUAUACUGCUAUUUCUCAUCAAUAGGGCAUAAAUUGUUAAUAUCUAAAUAUUUAAUAGUACUUGUAACCUCUGUUAAUUUUAUACCGGAUGUAUUAAUCAUGACAACUAACUACAUAUACAUGACAUAAUUGUUUAUUAUGUAAUUAAUGUCCAUCGUAAUAAUGCAAGCUAUUUGUUAUUUUAAUUUACUUGGCACGAGAUCGCUCCAAUAAUUGCGGCUAUUACUCCAGGCGUCUCCAGACAACCAAUGAUAGAAGAUGAAGCCCUCGACCAAUAACAGCAUACUAAAUAGUUUGGUAUUACUAGUUGAUUUGUUUUUCUAUAUACAGGUGCUUCUACUCUGUUUC